AUGAUACUUUGCACAUUUAGAAAAGAACAAAAACAAGUUGUUCAUGUUGAUCGUAUCAAAACAAUAAUAAUAUUAGGGUCUGGUGGACACACUGCAGAAAUGAUAAGAAUUCUUAAUUGUCUGAAUUUUAAAAAUUAUUCACCCAGAAUAUAUGUACAUGCUGAUACUGAUGUAAUGAGUAAAGAAAAAGUAAAGGAUUUAGAAAAAGAUAAUACAGAUUAUAAAAUAAUAAAUAUACGUAGAAGCAGAGAAAUUCAUCAGUCAUAUUAUACAUCUGUUUAUACUACAAUUUGUGCAACAUUGGAAUCGAUACCACUCUUGUGGACAGAAUGUCCAGAUUUAGUUUUAUGUAAUGGUCCAGGGAUUUGUGUCCCUUUGUGUAUUGUCACAUUUUUGUUUAAAAUAUUUUGUAUUACACAAACUACUAUAAUAUUUAUUGAAAGUUUUUGUAGAGUUCAAACACUAUCAUUAAGUGGAAAAAUGUUGUAUUACAUAGUUGAUUAUCUAUUUGUACAAUGGCCAGCAUUAAGUAAACCUAUGUACAAAAAAUCAAUU